UGAUUGUUGCAUUACUUGUUGUGAUUUUAGGUUACGUUCACAUCUGUUUUUCCGGGAGAGCUAAUUUUUGCCAAUUAUGCACACUUUGAUUCUAUAAAUUUUAUCUUAACGAAACUGAAAAAUGUCGAGUAAACCAUCAAAAAUCAUAGAGAAAAAUGGUACCUUCAAGCAUAGUAAAACUACGGGAAGAUUAUCUGUAUGGACCAGAGCCUUCACAGCCAAUUCGAAAUGGCCAGAUAAAGAAGAAUUUUUAGAUGUAAUUUAUUGGAUUCGACAAAUACUAGGAAUUGUAAUUGGAAUAUUCUGGGGUAUCAUUCCUUUGAAAGGAUUUGUAGCUUUAUUAUUAUUCGCCAUUGUUAAUGCUGGCGUUCUUUAUGUUUAUUUUUCAAAUUUUCAAGCAAUAGAUGAAGAGGAAUUUGGUGGAGCGUGGGAAUUGACGAAAGAAGGUUUCAUGACAUCUUUUGCUGGUUUUUUGGUGACAUGGAUAAUCGUCUAUUCUGGGUUGCACUUUGACUGAUGAUCUCAACCUCUUGACGAAAGGCAAAAAAUAAUUGUUAUGACCGCCAUCUGUUGCGCGACCGAUUUACUGAAUUUUCAUCUUUUUUAGGGAGCCUGCGUCGCCUGCUUCCCAUUUCCUGGUUGUGCUCUCUGUGAGAAAAUAAAUGCCACUUUAUAGUCCCUCUUUUUUAAGCUUUUGUAAUUAUUUUUUUUGUACCCAUUUCUAUUUUAAGUCUGGUUUUGGGGUCUCUUUACAUAAAACCAAAGUUUCAUCAUAUAGCAGUCAUCAUAAGAAACAUAAAUUUCCAUAAAAAUGUAUUUUUAGCUGUAAUUCAACAUCAUCUUAUUUACAGUUUACCCACUUGAGUAAUAUUGAAAAAGCAUGAAUUAUAGCUGAGCUGUGUAUUUAUCAUUGUAUUUUUAUCUGAUAAAUUUUUAUCAAUUUAAA